ACUUGCGAUUCUGUGAGGAGACCUGCUAAACAUGCACUGUGUGGGGUCCUGAGGACCGACUUUGAGAACCUGUGGUCUAGGUGACUUCAGCUGUCCGGCGCUGACAUAUAGGUAAGAGUUGGCAACACUGGACUGGCUGCAGCACUGAGCAGCAAGAAAGCCGACACUGAGACACAGGCAGAUUGUCUCCAGCUGAUCUGUGACCAGAAGCUCCAGGGAAAUCAGCGGAAGAUGUUUCCUCUCAGCCUCCUCCAGUCCUCGCACAGCCCUCUGUGUCCCUGCAGUGAGCCUGCGCUCACCCUCUGGCCAGCUACACGCCUCAUCUAUAACCAGCUGGAAGAUGACAUGCUGAGCCUGAGGAAGGAGAUGGAGAGGAGAGUGCAGCGUGUCAGCCAGGCUUGUCAGCUCCUGGCUCAGGACAUGGACAUGAGAAGAGCAGCUCAGAGCACACACUCUGCAGGCACUGAGAUCACCUCUCCCAGGACAGGCAAAGAGGGGAAGGGAAACUUUGAGCUCACCCUGGACGUGAGUCCCUUUUCUCCUGAGGAGCUGACAGUGACAACAGAAGGAAGGAGACUGAUUGUGACGGGAAAACGGGACAAGAAACAGGAUAGUGAGACCGAUGGCUACUUCCAUGAGUACAGAGAGUGGAGGAGAGAAGCUGAGCUCCCAGAGGAUGUGAUACCUGAGGCCGUGCUGUGCUCCCUCUCCAAGGAUCAUGGGCAGCUCCACUUCCAGGCUCCUCGUCUGGCACUGCCAGCUGCAGAAGGGAGACCUGUUCCCAUCACUGUGACCCAGACCCCAGGAGAAGGACAAGACGUCCCCCCAGUGACCCAGAGCAGCCAAGGGAUGGGAGACUCGGAUACUGGGGCCAUCUCCUCCUGAUACCAUUAUGGGACUGUUACAUACAUCAGGGUCAUUGUAUAUUUUUAUACUCCUGUCUGGAACAAUUAUCUUGCUAAUGUGAUGUUAUAUAUGUUUCUUAAUAAACAGUUUAACUACAA